CCUUCAUGCUUUACAAUGGAGGUCCUCGUUUCUGCAGUAAUUGGUGAAAUUGUCAGCAGAACUAUAUCUGUGGUGAUCGAGAAGUGCCGCGAACAGAUGACAGCCAAGGAGCAGACAACCACCGAGGAGGACCUUCAGAGGCUGCACCAACUGCUUCUGAGGAUAUCGGCAAUCAUCGAGGAGGCUGAGGGGCGGUGCAUCAGAAACCGAGGGAUGAUCCAUCAGGUUAGCAUGAUGAUAAUACAAUUGUUCAGAGGGUACUACCUUCUCGACUCCUUCAAGUCCACACAGAAGAAGACAGACUCCUUCAAGUCCACACAGAAGACAGAUGAUGAGGAGGUGAGUGGCUCCUUGUUUGCCCAAUCCAAAUUUAAUCCAGCUAAGAGAUUUCGCCGGUUAUCUAGCUACACUCAAAAUUAUAGCAUGGUAGUUGGUAGAGGCAGCAGUAAGGAGUUGAAACAGUUUAUUCUUGUCCUAGAAAGCAUGGUUGCUGAUUUGAAGGAGUUCGCUAUAUUUCUGAUGAGCUACCCUCGCAUGUAUCGCCAACCUUAUGGCUCAUAUUUAAUUUUAGACAAAUUUAUGUUCGGCCGACAAAUGGAGAGGGAACAAGCCAUCGGUUUCUUGCUACAACCUGAGCCUCCAAGUGGUGGAAAUUUGGGUGUCCUACCAAUUGUUGGUCCUGGACUUAUUGGGAAGAGCACACUUGUGGAACAUGUUUGUGAUGAUGAGCGUGUGCGCAAUCACUUCUCCUUGAUCUUACGCUAUAGAGAAAAUGAUCUAAAGGAUGAAAUUCCAACAACUUUUAGAGAUCAUUGUGUGAUCAAGCAUCAGAAUAGUGCCUCCAAUGAAGAAAGGUCGUUGCUUGUGAUUGAGCUCUUAGGGGACGUGGACGAAGGGGCGUGGAAGAGGUUGUUGCAGACUUCUGAAAGAUACAUGGCAAAUGGAAGCAAAAUCAUAAUCACUAGCCGUUCAGAAAAGAUGGCCAGUGUUGGAACGACAAAAGCCAUCAAGCUAAGUUGUUUGUCUAAAGAAGCUUUCUGGUAUUUCUUCAAGAUGCUUGUGUUUGGAAGCACGGAUCCAGAGGAGCACCCGAAGUUAACAUCCAUUGCCAUGGAGCUAGCUGUCGAGACGUGUGGAUCUUUCAUAUUCGCAUAUGUUACUGCCACCUUACUUAGAGCAAAUACUAGUGUUCGGUUCUGGUGCAGGGUUCUUAGACAGGCUAGGGAAUUCAGACAGAAGAACAACUUUGUGCUUGGUGAAUAUCAUGAGGAUCGUAUGUCCCGGUACGGUUGGGGCAUUGCUGAAACACAGCAAGGUUACGAGGAUGGUAAGCUAUUUCUAAUACAUCAUAGCCACCAAAAAGGGCCAGCUGCUCACAGCGAAGUUCCGAGAAUAACAAUUGUGGAUCUUCUCUCCGGGGCCUGGAGCCCUAUGCAACGGGGAAAAUUUGAGGUUUUGUCCUGGAGAUCCGUCAUACCGCCAUACUACAACUAUGUGUAUUCUUGUGAGCUUGUGCAGAACAAAAACGGCAGGCUAUAG